AGAGGCGGGAGAGAGAGGCCAAGCGCUCUGAAGAAGAACCGUGGUGCCCGGGGAGUGAGGAGGAAUUUAUUUCAUGCUCCAUGGACUUACGUGUCCUGAAGUCUCCCUGCUGCUUACAUCUGUGCUUAGAGCGGUGACUGUUGUGUGUCUUGAACGGAGAAAAAGGGCCUGGCGCAGGCUUAGGCAGGAGUUCCACCACUGAGCACACCCCAAACUGGAGGACUUCAAAACCAACCCAGCACAAAGAACCACCCGGUGCUGAUGGCUACAACUGAGAUGUCACAAACUGAGGUUUGUUCCCUGCCAUUCUCAAUCUGGCCACCAAUGCUGAGAUUAGUGCCAAUGCCACCUGUGGCGAGAAGGGACCCGAGAUGUCCUGCAAACUCGUGGAGCACGUGCCUGGCAGGCGUGUACGCAACGCCCAGUGCCGGCUCUGUGAUGCCAACAGUGCGAGCCCCAAAGAACACCACCCGAUAUCGAAUGCGAUCGAUGGCACCAAUAACUGGUGGCAGAGCCCCAGUAUUCAGAAUGGGAGAGAGUACCACUGGGUCACCAUCACACUGGACCUAAGACAGGUCUUUCAGGUGGCCUACAUCAUCAUUAAAGCAGCCAAUGCCCCGAGACCUGGAAACUGGAUUUUGGAGCGCUCCCUGGACGGGCUCACGUUCAGCCCCUGGCAGUACUACGCAGUCAGCGACUCUGAGUGCUUGACACGCUACAACAUAACCCCAAGGCGCGGGCCGCCCACCUACCGAGCUGACGAUGAAGUGAUCUGCACCUCCUAUUACUCUAGACUCGUGCCGCUGGAGCACGGAGAGAUUCAUACGUCACUCAUCAAUGGCAGGCCUAGUGCUGAUGACCUUUCCCCCAGGCUGCUGGAAUUCACCUCUGCCAGAUACAUCCGCCUCCGCCUGCAGCGCAUCAGGACGCUCAAUGCAGACCUCAUGACCCUCAGCCACCUGGACCCCAGAGACAUCGACCCCAUCGUCACAAGACGGUACUACUACUCCAUCAAAGACAUUUCUGUAGGAGGGAUGUGUAUCUGCCACGGCCACGCGAGCAGCUGUCCGUGGGAUGACACCAGGAAGCGACUGCAGUGCCAGUGUGAACACAACACCUGUGGGGAGAGCUGCAACAGGUGCUGCCCUGGGUACCACCAGCAGCCCUGGAGGCCGGGCACCGUGUCCUCCGGCAACACCUGCGAAGAAUGUAACUGCCACAACAAAGCCAAAGACUGCUACUAUGACGAAAAUGUUGCGAAUCAGAAGAAAAGUCUGAACACCGCAGGGCAGUUCCGAGGCGGUGGCGUGUGUGUUGGCUGCCAGCAGAAUACCAUGGGGAUCAACUGCGAAACCUGCGUUGACGGCUACUACAGGCCGCACAAGGUUUCUCCUUAUGAGGAUGAGCCCUGUCGUCCCUGCGACUGCGACCCGCUAGGGUCCCUCAGCUUCGUCUGCAUUAAGGACGAUCUCCAGUCGAACUUGCACGACGGGCUCUGGCCGGGGCAGUGCCCCUGUAAAGCGGGUUAUGGAGGAGAGAGGUGUGACCGCUGCCAGUUUGCCUACAAGGGCUUCCCGAGCUGCGUGCACUGUGACUGCAGCCCGGCGGGCAGCGUGAACGACGACCCGUGUGCGGAGCCGUGUCUUUGCAAGGACAACGUCGAGGGCGAAGCCUGCGAUCGCUGCAAACCAGGGUUCUACAACCUACAGGAGAAGAACCUGCAGGGCUGCUCUGAGUGCUUCUGCUUCGGCGUGUCCGGCGUCUGUGACAGCCUUUCUUGGGCCCUGGGUCAGGUGAAUGACAUGUCUGGGUGGCUGGUCACAGACCUGGUCAGUGCCAGGGAGAUCAAGUCCCAGCAGGAGGUGGCGGGCGGGCGCCGUCAGAUCAGCAUCAGCCAUGUGGAGGUGACGCAGAGGCUGGGCGCCAGGUACUACUGGUCGGCCCCCGAGGCCUACCUGGGGAACAAGCUGACCGCGUUCGGUGGCUUCCUGAAGUAUACGGUGUCCUACGACAUUCCAACGGAGACAGUGGACGGUGACCUCCUGUCUCACGCCGACGUCGUCAUCAGGGGAAACGGACUCAUGCUAAGCACCCAGGCUGAGGGUCUCUCUUUACAACCCUACGAAGAGUACCACAACAUGGUGAGGCUCGUGCCAGAGAACUUCCGGGAUUACAGCACUAAGAGGGAGAUUGACCGCGACCAGCUGAUGACUGUGCUCGCCAACCUGAGCCACCUCCUCAUCAGAGCCAACUACAACACCGCAAAGACGGCUCUUUACAGGUUGGAUUCUGUCUCUCUGGACAUAGCGAGCCCCAAUGCUAUAGACCUGACAGUCGCCACCGAUGUGGAGCACUGUGAAUGUCCCCAGGGCUACCUGGGGACCUCCUGCGAGUCCUGCCAGCCUGGCUACUACCGCGUGGACGGCAUUCUCUUCGGGGGGAUCUGCCAGCCCUGUGAGUGCCACGGCCACGCGUGGGAGUGUGAUGUUCAUGGCGUUUGCCUGGACUGUACACACAACACCACUGGGGACCACUGCGAGCAGUGCCUGCCCGGCUUCUACGGGGCACCUUCCCGGGGGACACCGGGGGGCUGCCAGCGCUGUGCCUGCCCCCUCACCACACCCUCCAACAACUUCAGCCCGACCUGCCAUCUGGACGAGGAGGAGGACAUGGUCUGUGACCAGUGCGGCCCGGGCUAUGCCGGAACCUGGUGCGAGAGAUGCGCAGACGGUUACUAUGGAAACCCCACAGUGCCGGGGGGAUCCUGCCUUCCGUGUGACUGCAGCGGCAAUGUGGACCCCUCCGAGCCCGGUGGCUGUGACCCGGUCACCGGGGAAUGCUUGAAGUGCGUGGGGAACACAGACGGCGCCCGCUGUGAGAGGUGCGCGGACGGGUUCUACGGAGACGCGGUGGCUGCCAAGAACUGCCAGGCCUGUGACUGCCACGAGCAAGGCUCCCUGUCUGGUGUGUGCCACCGUGAGACCGGGCGCUGUGACUGCAGACCCCACGUGACCGGACAGCGGUGUGACCAGUGCCUGCCUGACCACUACGGGCUGGACGCGGGGCUCGGCUGCCUGCCCUGCAACUGCAGCGUGGCGGGCUCCACCUCGGAGGCGUGCACGGCCCAAGGCCAGUGCCACUGUGUGCCAGGCGUCGCCGGGCGAAGGUGUGACCGGUGUUCGCAUGGGUUCUACGCGUACCGGGAUGGCGGCUGCACACCCUGCGACUGUGCCCACACUCAGAACAGCUGCGACCCCAAGUCCGGAGAGUGCACCUGCCCCCCCCACACCCGGGGCCCGAAGUGUGAGGAGUGCGUGGCCGAGCACUGGGGCUGGGGCGCGGAGCGUGGGUGCCAGGUCUGCAACUGCAGCCGCCCGGGCUCUGAAGGCUCACAGUGCGACCUGCUGUCUGGCCAGUGCCCCUGCAAGGCUGAGUUUGGCGGGCAGAGCUGUGACCAGUGCUCCCUGGGCUACCGGAACUUUCCUGACUGUGUCCCCUGCGACUGUGACCUGAAGGGGACUCUGCCUGCCUCCUGCGCCCUGGACCGGGGUGUCUGCAGCUGCAUGGAGGACACUGGCACCUGCUCCUGCAAGGAAAACGUCAUCGGGCUCCAGUGCAGCGAGUGUCGCGCUGGCAGCUUCGCCCUGCGUGCUGAGGAUCCCCAGGGCUGCAUGCCCUGCUUCUGCUUCGGGCUGUCACACGUCUGCAGGGAGCUGGAGGGUUACGUGAGGACCUUGGUGACGCUGGGCAUCCCUCCGCCCCUCCUGCAUGUGGUCUCCCAGAGCAACCUGACGGGCACGACCGAGGGCGUGUAUCACCAGGCCCCAGACAUCCUGCUGGAUGCUGCAGCCGUCCGACAGCACGUCCACACAGAGCCCUUCUACUGGCGGCUCCCAGCGCAGUUCCAGGGAGACCAGCUCCUGGCCUAUGGAGGCAGGCUGAGGUACAGCGUGGCCUUCUAUGCCUCCGAUGGCACCGGAACCUUCAACCUGGAGCCUCAAGUCCUCAUCAAAGGAGGCCGGACCAGGAAGCAAGUUAUCUACACAGACACCACCGUGCCGGAGAACGGAGUGCGGCGGGAUCAGGAAGUGGGGAUGAAGGAGGAUUUUUGGAAAUACUUUAAUUCUGUCUCUGAAGAACCUGUCACACGUGCGGAUUUCAUGUCUGUCCUUAGCAACAUCGAGUACAUCCUCGUCAAGGCGUCCUACGGUCAGGGACUACAGCAAAGCAGGAUCUCCAACAUCUCCAUGGAGGUUGGCACGAAGGCUGGGGGCCAGCAGCCCAUGGGGACGGUGGCAUUGCUGAUAGAGCACUGUGUCUGUCCUCCCGGCACGGCUGGCUUCUCCUGUCAGGACUGCGCCCCUGGGUUCCACAGACAGAAGCUCCCGGAAGGUGGCAGAGAAUCCUGGCUGCCCCUCGCUCCUUGUGUGCCCUGCAGCUGCAGCAACCACAGUGAUGCCUGUGACCCCAAAACUGGGAAGUGCCUGAACUGCAGGGACAACACGGCUGGGAACCACUGCGAGCUGUGUGCUCCCGGCUACUACGGGAGGGUGACCGGCACGGCCCAGGACUGCUCCCCGUGCACCUGUCCCCGCCAGCACCCUGCCAGUUUCAGUCCCACCUGCGUCUUGGAAGGUGACGGUGGCUUCCGGUGCAAUGCCUGUGUUGUGGGCCAUGAGGGCCGGCGUUGUGAGAGGUGCUCCGUGGGCUACCAUGGGAACCCUGGACUGUCGGGCGGCCACUGCCAGAAGUGCGACUGUAGCCCCCACGGCUCCGUGCACAGCCACUGUGACCCCCUGUCCGGGCAGUGCGUCUGCAGGCCGGGGGCCACGGGGCUCCGAUGCGAUGGCUGCCAGCCGCGGCACGUGCUGGUGGACAGCAGCUGUGUCUCUUGUGAUGACCAGUGCGUGGGUGUGCUCCUCGAAGACCUGGACCGCGUCCACGAUGCCGUUCUCUCCGUGAACCUCACCGGGAUCUUCCCUGCCCCAUACGGGGUUUUGUCAAACCUGGAAAAUACGACUAAAUAUCUCCGGGAAUCUUUAUUAAAAGAAAAUGCCCAAAAGAAUUUGGUAGAAAUCCAAGUUGAAGGUGUCGCAAAGCAAACAAAUGACCUGCAAAGCGAGUUGACCAGCGUGCUCACGCGAAGCCAGCAGGUGGGCAGGGCCACAGAGAGGAGCCUGCAGCAGAGUCAGGAUCUUGCUGCGUUUGUUGAGCGGCUGCAGAUGAACAGCAGAGAAAUCCUUGAAAAGGCCAUAAAUCUGAAUCAGACUCUAGAUGAAGAUGUCUGGCUCCCCAAUUCUACUCUUCAGAAUAUGCAACACAACAUUGCAUCUUUGCUGGAAAGGAUGCAGAGAAGGCAGUUCACGCAGUUGCUCCGUAACAUCACCCUGGAGCUCAAGGCUGCUGAAGAUGUGCUGUCUGUGGUUCAGAAGAAUUUCCAGCAGCCACAGGAAGAGCUGGAAGUUCUGAAGGAAGCAGUGGGGCGCCUCCUUUCCAAGCACGUCGGUGAGCUGCAGGCGGCGGGGGAGCUGCUGAGGGAGGCGGAGGCCAAGGUCCGGGAGGGCGCCCACCUGCUGCUCCUCAGCGAGGCUAACCUGCGAGACUUCAGCGAUACAAAGCUGCAUAUUCAGGAACAGCUCAAUGUGACCUCAGAGCUGGUUGCUGAAGGAAGGGAGCUGAUGGGCGCAGCCACUGCCCAGGCCGGCAGUUUGCAGGCCACUCUGGCGCAGGGGGAGCAUCAGCGCGAUGAGCUGCUCUUGUGGACAGCCCAAGUGAGGAGCCACGUGGAUGGCCUGGUCAUGCAGAUGUCCGGGAGGAAGGUGAUCGACCGGGUCUACGGAGCCGAGGGUCAUGCCGCUGAGCUCCAGAGGUUAGCAGGUGUCCUGGACAGCGGCCUUGAAAAUGUCCGACACGUGUCCCUGAACGCCACCAGUGCGGUGCGCGUCCACUCCGACAUCCAGAGCCUGAUGGGACAGUCUGAGAGCCUGGCCAUAGAUGCGCAGGAGACCUCAAGGAGGACGCGGCUGUCCUCGGCGUCCCUCGUCUCCAGGGGGAAGGAGGCUGUGCGGCAUGCCUCUGGCUUUCUAGAGGACAGCAGCAGCCUGAGCGGGAAGCAGCAAGGUCUUACACGGAAGCUGAGUGAAUUGAAAAGCACAGCAAGCAGAGUUCAGGAGACAGUGGGUAGACUUGCCCGGCAGACCAGUCAAUCACUCUCAACACUGAGAGUGAUCCCGGAAGGUGCCAGAGACCAAGCAGCUGGAAGCAAAGAACUGGCCGAAUCUGCCAGUCAGAGUGCAGCGAGGGCAGUGCAGAAGGUCAUGGGACUGAGCCGGAAGCUGUUGGACACGGCAGCUGGCCUGGCCAGAGUGAACGCCACCAUGCAGGAGACACAGGGGCGGCUGCGGGACUCCGCGGUGACCACUCUGUUGGCCGGAAAGAAGGUUAGAGACGCGGAGGCACAAGCCAACCUUUUAUUUGAUCAGUUGAAGCCUUUGAGAAUGUUAGAGGAGAACCUGAGCAGAAAUUUAUCAGAAAUUAAACUGCUGAUCAGCCAGGCCCGGAAACAGGCAGCCUCGAUCAAAGUCGCGGUAUCUGCAGACCGAGACUGCGUCCGGGCCUACCAGCCUCCGAUCUCCUCCAGCAACUACAACACCCUGACUCUGAAUGUGAAGACACAGGAGCCGGACAACCUCCUCUUCUACCUGGGCAGCAGCAGUGGAGCCGACUUCCUUGCAGUGGAGACGCGGCGGGGCAAGGUGGCCUUCCUCUGGGACCUAGGCUCUGGGGCCACGCGGCUGGAGCUCCCAGACCUCCGGAUGGACGACGGCAGGUGGUACAGCAUCCAGGCCGCCAGGUUUGGGAACGUUGGCUCAUUGAGCGUGAAGGACACAAGCUCGACUCAGGAGCCACGGGUGAAGACAAGCAGGUCCCCAGGGGCGGCGAAAGUUCUGGAUGUGAACAACUCCACACUCGUGUUCGUCGGAGGACUCGGAGGACAGAUCAAGAAAUCUCCGGCCGUGAAGGUCACCCACUUUAAAGGCUGCAUGGGGGAGGCCUACCUGAACGGCCGGCCCAUUGGCCUGUGGAACUACAUUGAGCGUGAGGGCCGGUGCCAGGGCUGCUUCCGAAGCCCACAGAAUGAAGACUCGUCCUUCCACUUUGAUGGCAGUGGGUACUCCGUGGUGGAGAAGACCAUGCGGGCCACCGUGACUCAGAUUGUCAUGCUCUUCAACACCUUCUCCCCCAGCGGGCUGCUUCUCUACCUGGCUUCAAAUGGCACCAAAGACUUUGUGUCCGUCGAGCUGGUCCACGGCAGAGUCAGAGUUAUGGUUGAUCUGGGUUCAGGACCUCUCUCUCUUACCACGGACCGGCGGUACAACAACGGGACCUGGUACAAAAUCGCCUUCCAGCGAAACCGGAAGCAAGGGCUCCUGGCCGUUACCGAUGUCUACAACACCAGCGACAGAGAGACCAAGCAAGGCGAAUCCCCAGGAGCCUCUUCUGACCUCAACCGGCUGGAUAAGGAUCCAAUAUACGUGGGCGGCCUGCCUAGGUCGAGAAUUCCCAGGAAAGGUGUGAUGAGCAAAAGCUAUGUGGGCUGCAUCAAGAACCUGGAAAUAUCCAGGUCCACCUUCGACUUGCUCCGGAACUCCUACGGUGUGGGCAAAGGCUGCGUCCUGGAGCCCAUUCACAGUGUCAGCCUCCUGAGAGGUGGCUACGUGGAGCUGCCACCCAGGCCCCUGUCCCCAGAGUCCGGGGUGCUGGCCACAUUUGCCACCCAGAACAGCACCGGCCUCAUUCUGGCUGCCAUCGGCCGGGCCUCGGAGAAGCAGGGCAGGCGGCCCACAAACGUGCCGUUCUUUGCCAUCAUGCUGGUCGAUGGCCACGUGGAAGUGCACGUCAGUCUCGGGGAUGGAACAAGCCUGCGGAAGGCCCUGGUGCACGCUCCCUCGGGCUCCUACAGCGAUGGCCAGGAGCAUUCGGUCUCCGUGGUGAGGACACAGAGAACUGUCACUGUGCAGCUGGAUGAGGCGGAGCCUGUGGAGAUGCGGCUGGGCCCCUCGGCGGAAAGCAGGCCAAUCAGCGCGUCCAGCCUGUACGUGGGCGGCGUCCCCCAGGAAGAACGGACUUUGGUGCUCAAGACGAGGAGCUCCUUCUACGGCUGCAUCAAGGACCUCGUCUUCAACAUGGAACUUCUGGAUUUCACCCGGGCAGCAGCCUCAGAGCAGGUGGAGCUGGACAGCUGCUUGCUGUCAGAAAUGCCCGUGCCGGCCCCUCAAGUGGAGGACGAGGAGCUGCUAUCCUGGCCCCAGGCUGCCCCGAGGCCGGGCCGGUGUGCGGUGGACACGGCUCCGCGGUUUGUUCCCGGUGCACACCAGUUUGGCCGCUCGCAGAACAGCCACCUGGUGCUGCCUUUUGACCCCACGGAGGUCAGGAAGAGGUUCCUGGUCCAGCUCAGCAUCCGGACGUUCGCCUCCAGCGGCCUGGUCUUCUACACGGCCCAUCAGAACCAGGUGGACCACGCCGUGCUGCAGCUCCACAGUGGCCGCCUUGUCUUCGUCUUCGACCUGGGCAAGGGCCGGACCCGCGUUGCUCACCCUGCACUGAUCGAUGAUGGCAGGUGGCACACGGUGAAGGCAGAGUACUUUAAAAGAAAAGGCUCUGUGACUGUUGAUGGCCAUGAAUCCCCCACGGUGACCACGGUGGGCGACGGAACCUCGCUGGAUGUGGAGGGGAAGCUGUACCUCGGGGGCCUUCCCCCCGACUACAGGGCCCGGAACAUCGGGAAUGUCACACACAGCGUUGCCGCCUGCAUUGGGGAGGUGGCAGUGAACAGCAGGCCCCUGGACACAGACGGCCCGGCAGCUGCCUUGGCAGUGGACAGGUGCUACGUGGCAGCUGAGGAAGGGAUGUUCUUUGAUGGCAGUGGCUAUGCAGCUCUGGUCAGAGAGGGCUACAGGGUGCGCACGGACUUGAACAUCUCGCUGGAGUUCCGCACCUCCUCGGAGAACGGCGUCCUCCUGGGGGUCAGCAGCGCCAAGGUGGACGCCCUGGGCCUGGAGAUUGUCAACGGCCAGCUCCUGUUCCAUGUCAACAAUGGUGCAGGCCGCAUCUCGGCCGCCUUCCAGCCCGCGGGCGCCGGCCGGCUGUGCGACGGCCGCUGGCACUCGGUCCACGCCAGCAAGAGCGGGCCGCACCUCCUGCUCCGCGUGGACGGCCGCGCCGUGGCGGCGGAGAGCCCGCAUGCGCAGUCCACCUCGGCCGACACGCACGACCCGGUCUACGUGGGCGGCUUCCCGGCCGGCGUCAAGCAGAACUGCCUGAGCGGCCCAACUCCGUUCCGCGGCUGCCUGCGCGGCCUCACCCUGGCCCGGGGCUCUCAGGCGCUGCCCCUGGACUUCAGCCGGGCCUUCGAGCUUCGCGGCGUCCGCCCGCACUCCUGCCCCGCGGCUGGCCGGCGCCCGGAGCGCGGAUCGCCCUGAGCCCGGAUCCCAGCCUCUGCCGCGGCCCGGCCGACUCCCCUCCAGCUCAGGUCGCGCGUCCCCAGCAGUGUUGCCGGUAAACUAAAGCCACGUCUACAAGAGUACCUCCAUGGGCAGCCUUCGCAAGCACGGACUGCCUUGGCUCUCUUUUCAGGUUUUUUAAAAUGAAUUUUUGUGAACAUUGAAUGUUCUUUUGAGUACUUUACAGUAUUAUGUUUUGUAUUCUGAGCUCUUAAAAAAUAAAAUGUCACCACUAACUGUAAAAGA